CGUAAAUUACGUAUGGUACGUACCCCACUGGACCGGUAAGAAGUUGUUCCAGGAUUACUGUCUUUGAUUUCGCCCCCAAAGAUCCCCAAAUGAAUCAAACGCGAUUCAUUCUUCCGCGCUCUCGUAGUACGUACGCAUGAUAUCGUACUACGUAGCGUUUACGCAGUUAACCUGAAGCGUUGCGACUCGGAACGUGGAUGGAAUGGUCAUCAAUAAUUUUCAGGCUGACCCGAAACUUUCUCAAAUAACUCUGUCGCUCAUCUUGAAUUUUGCGUUACCGCAAGAAGAGAGUGACGAUACGAAGUAUCAAUAACAUCUUUUGCGCCGUAAAGCACCAAACGAAAUACUAUGUCGUGGCUCUGGGGAACGAAAAAGGACGAUUCGAUGGAGGAAGAUCUCGCGGAUGAGGGAAUCCAGUCGGAGGAAGAAAUCCAUACAGAUUCUUCCGAUGAAUCCGAGCCUGAGGACCACAGCGUCGACGGGAAAGUCACGACAGAAGAGACCGUAGACGAUUACGAUGGAGAGUCAUCCGAUGAAUCGGCUUACGACAAUUCUUCUGACGAAGAUGACGAGGGCGACUAUGACGAGGAUGACGACGAGGACGACGACUCGUUGGUGGUAAAUCUAAUCGAAAGUAUGACCAGCGACGACGAUACCGUUGACGAAAAUCUCGAAGAGGCAGACUUACUUACUUCAGACGACGAAGAAGAUGAUGAGACUGUGGCGCGUGUGGAAGGUGGCACACAAGAAAAUCGAAAGACCGACAAGGUCGACGAGAACGAAACAAGUCAUCCACCGGUCGAUGACACUGAUGAUGACGACGACGAUGGCGACGACGACGACGACGAUAAGAAUGGUGAUCCCGUGACAUCCUUUUGGGAAAAGCAGUCACUACUCGUACUUGCGGCUGAGCACGAUAGGGUAGAUAUUCUCAAGAAGUUGUUAAAAGAAGAGAACGAAGAAAAGGAUUCCCUACUCAAUACAGGAAUCCCACCAUUGCAUCUCGCCAUUACGUUUGGGUCAGUAAACACCGCUCAAUCUCUGCUCCGCAUGGGGUCGGAUCCAAGUGUGCGCCCAAAUGUUGACGUUGUUCUAGAAGAACGAAGGAGCCAGCCGAAAGAUUCGAAGGUCGACAUUGCAAACAUUCGUCGAUUCGAUAACGUCACAGCCUGGGAACUUGCUUUCGGGAACGCUUUGUACGACGAAAAAUCGAUGUCCAACAAAUCAUCCGGCUCGUGGUCUAUGUUUGGGUCUACCAUGUCAGGAGAGUCCGAAGGUAUGAAUGAGGCCGCGCCCACCGCAAAAUCGACCAACGGUGCCCAGACCAUUGUCAAACCGGUGGAUAUGGCUCCCUCGAAACGAGAGGGCAUACGGCAUGCAUUCACAGCAGAAGCCUUGCGCAGCGUGGGCGGAGACGAAGCGCAUCGAUUGAAACAGCUCUUGGACAGUGGGAUGCCGUCCGACAUUGAUAUUGGUGGGAAGGACCUGUACGGUUGGGCCGUCGAUAUGGGGUCUCUUAAAUGCGAAGAAUUGCUGCGACCGGACGAGUCUCCGGACCAAGACGGUGGCAGCACGAAUGCUUCCCCAGGUGGCGACGAUGCGCCCAGCGACCUGUCGUCUUCCUUUGUUGUGCAUCGACCUGACGUCCAGGAAACAAUACCGCAGCUAAAGAAUCGACUGGACGAGCUGGAAUCUUUGUCGUCUGCCCUUUCGACCUGUUUGGACAACCUGGCGGAGGAAGUGUCAGUCUGUCACGGUCUGCUCCUUAUGGGAGGCGGGGCGUCUGCGCUCGCGUCCCAUGUCCGGAGCCUGCGAGACCUCAAGGAACAAAAAUUGUACGAGAUGGAAAAUGCUCGACUGGAAUGCCAGGAUGCCGAACGAGAACUCGCAGACCUGGUACACUCGAGUGGGGAUAUUGGGAAAGAAAUCGACCAUAUCGCGAAUUUCAAUUUCUUGAAUUACGGUGUGGAAAAGAACGCGGGUGUCCAUACAUCACACAUCAAACUGCAACAAAACGAAAACGAUAGCGACGGUGACGGUGACGGAGCCAUUGAUGAUCCAUCGAUAAACAAAGAAGCAGAGGCGGAGGCAGAAAAAUUAAACAUCAAGGCGCAAAUUGCAGCAAUUGAAAACAAGGUGAGUAGCACUGAGUGGAGCCGGCCCUGAUUGAGUUUUGAUAAGAGAUUCGAGGAGUGCAGAAUUGAAAUCCCGCUUUUCACAUAUUUGCGUGCCUUUGUGUUCGUGUGUAGAUUCGGAAGCUACGCGCCUCCAUAACAGAUCUAUCCGAGGAAAACACAAGAGAUCUAGCAGAGGUACAGCGCCGCGGACUGGAAGGUGGAAUCAACCUUGUUCGUGGGUUGCGUGAAGAACUACGGGAUUUUGAUUUCUAUCUCUCCGAAGCCAGAAGCAUGAAAGCUGUUUGCAAGUCAAAAAUUAGUAUGAUCAUUGCUCAUGUUUCAAAAAAGAAUAUUAAUAAUACCGAAGGUUCAUUGGACAAAGUUCCCGUGGCGAGGAGAGGCACCACAAAUCAUUCCGUUGGAUAUGACGUUAGGAACGACGCCACCAUUGCAAAUGAUGCAACGAUUGGAAGCAAGUCAAUGGAUUACAGCACGGAUGAAGAUGACGAUGAAAUAGAAGAAGCUGUGCUUGUAGAAUCUCCUUCCAAAAUUGACGCCUUGCAAAAGGAAGAAAGUUCAAAAGAAACUGCCUUUGAUUCGCCCAAGAUGCAAACGCCAAUUCAAGUUUCUGAAGAAAAGAGAUCUCAAGAAUCAACUGUCAACAAUGUCGAUAGCAGCACCGUGGACGGAAAGAGUGCAUCCCAAAGAAUAUCUUCUGGAGAGUCCCGGGAAAUUACCGUGAUACACCCUGGGAACAAAGGUCUUUUCACUGUCGAUCUAUGGGAAGUUAUCCUGAGGAUUAUAGGUUUCGAAAGUGCAGCAAAUCGUCGAAGUUUGGAAAACAAAGCUCAUCAUGGUAGCUCCACAACCGUCAUGAUCAUUUAACAGCCGGAGCGCCUUCAGAGAACGGUGGAACUGUGCCCUGAUGGUUCGAUCCACUAACCACCAAUUGAUUCAAAUUCAUUUGGCAUAAAUGUGAUUGGUUCCU